AUGCUUGCUUCGAAAAUUUUGCGUGCAUUGCCACUCCACGGCGCAUCGCAGGCCCGUUUGGCCAUGCCCGUUGUCCGCUCGAAUUUUGGCGGCUGGAGAAGAUUUUACGCUGAAAAGAAAGAUGAGAAACCGCAAUCCAUCUUGACUGACGACAUGUUGGCCAAGGCAGGUUUUGAGGACGAACCAAAGAACGAAGAGAACGACGACAAGUCUAAGAAUGAGAAAUCCGCCAGAAGAAGACGGAAAGCGCAAACAUCCAAGGAUAUCCAGAGAGAGAAGUAUGCCAACUGGUUCUACAUUUCGACUCUUUUUGGCACUUUUGCCGGUGUGGGCUGGAUGUGCAGAGACUGGGACUCAGACGAGGAACAAAAGAGAUUGGAUGCCAGUGAUAUUGGAAACGGAUACACUCCCAAAUUGAUGUAUGAUCGUUUCAACAAGAGAUUUCUGAGUCUCUUUACGUUCUUCAGCGAACCGGCUUUCGAAAACUUAUUGCCUCCUCCUCCACCAGAAGCUUACCGUCGUCCGUUGACCUUGGUUUUGUCUUUGGAUGAUCUUUUGAUCCACUCUGAAUGGGACACCAAGAACGGUUGGAGAACAGCCAAGAGACCUGGUUUGGACUACUUUUUGGGAUACUUGUCGCAGUACUACGAGAUUGUUAUUUUCGGCUCCAACUCUCAAAUGUAUUCUGAGAAAACUGUGGCCAAAUUGGACCCUUUGAGAGCUUACAUCCAGUAUGCUUUGUUCAGAGAGGCCUGUCGUUACAAAGAUGGAAAAUUGAUCAAAGACUUGAACCUCUUGAACCGUGAUUUAGCUAAGACUGUUGCCAUUGAUGUCAAUGAAGAAUCUUUGUGCAUGAACCCAGAGAACAGUAUCAUUUUGAAACCAUGGGACGGUAAGCCUGACGACACUUUGGUCAAGUUGAUUCCCUUGUUGGAAUACUUGGCCACUCAACCAAUCAAGGAUGUUCGUCCUAUUUUGAACUCUUUUGAAGACAAGAGCAACAUCAUUGCUGAGUACGAGAAACGUGAAGCACAAUUGCGUGCCCGUUGGAGAGAAGAUAACAAGGACUUGUUGGCAAGAGCCCACAAGCCAAAUGCUGGUAGCUUUUUUGCAUCCUUGAUGGGUAUUCCACAGUCUUCUGUCAACAGAGAACCAAAAAUGCCAUUGGACAUCAUUAGAGAACAUGGUCAGAUGCAAUACGAGAGCUUGCAGAAGUACUUGAAGGAAAAUGAAGCCAAGUUCUUGGAAGAGGAGAGAAAGAUGAAGGAGGAAUACGGAAAAGUGACUUUGAAUAAGUUGAUGACCGAAGGAAUGCCAACUGCAGAAGAGAUUGCAAAGGCCCAAGCAGAAAAAGGCUGCUUUAGAAGCUUCUGGUUCCCGCAACUGAUGUAA